GAUAAAUCCCCCAAAUUCUUUCAUUGUUUCCCACGCAGAUGUUGACUUUGGUAAAUUUACAUUCAAGUACUAUGGGGGUGACUUUAGAUGCAUAAGAAGACAUCCGUUUGUAUGGGGAGCGAAAAGGGGUCCGCGAAAAGUUCGCAUUACAGUUAAAAAUGACAAUUUCUUCUAAUCCAAAAGUUACGUGGUAAGACGGGUUGUUGCAAGUAAUAGGUAGGGUUGCCAAAUGAAAACGGGGGGAACAUUUCAUGUUGGGGUGUGUGGAUAUGGGAAUGAAUAACGUCUGGUAAAAGAUGCACGUGAAAAUAAAACCGAUAAGCCAGAUGGCUAGGCGCCAAACACAUUCUGUUACCGGUUGUUAAUACAAUACUGAUAAGUUAAGACAUGUGUAUGUCACUACAACAGUCAUUUUAAGCAACGGAUUACUGGGGGUUGCGGGAGUAGGUCAUGGGGACCACGAGUUGUGUUGUAGGUGGGGCGGGGAUCGGCUAGUUAGACGAAUGUACCACGCAUACACUGAUACUCUAGCGGUAGUUACGUAGCCGGAAGUUAUUUUGCGACUCUUUGUUUAGACCGGUGUCUUUAAACCAUACAAUAACCGUUUCAACAUCAAUAAAUGUAUUGCUAAAAUAGCAGACCUUGCCUAUGACGUCAAUAAAUGUAUUGCUAAAAUAGCAGACCUUGCCUAUGACGUCAAUAAAUGUAUUGCUAAAAUAGCAGACCUUGCCUAUGACGUCAAUAAAUGUAUUGCUAAAAUAGCAGACCUUGCCUAUGACGUCAAUAAAUGUAUUGCUAAAAUAGCAGACCUUGCCUAUGACGUCAAUAAAUGUAUUGCUAAAAUAGCAGACCAUGCAAACGAUGCCAUUCUUCAGAUCUGUCUUUCUCAAAUCGUCUGAUGAUAAUAACAAAUGCUUAUUGAAGCAGUGGCAAAAUCAAUAUUCUGAGUCAUUUUUGAUUGUUUUGCCCAAUGUCUUCAUGGCCGUUUCAGCUGUUUGAAAUCAAAAGACAGCAGGUCGCUUUGUUCUUAAGAAAAGUAUAUGUUUACUCACUUCUAAUAACUUGGACUCUUGCAUAUGUUUAUGUUAGAAUCAGCCGAGAGAUACCCUAGAGACAACAACAUGUUUAUUAAUCAUUUAUCAUCAUUACUUUGCUCUCAACAGCGGAGAGAUGCCACAGGGACAACAAAAUGGUUGAUGAAACACAAGCGGGUGAAGAAAUCCUCCAAGCAACGGUCAAACUGUUGCAAGUUUUCCCCGAAGCAGAACUAAGGAUUGUUAUGGACUCUGUGACGCGCGCAGCAAGUCUGUCGGGAGAGAGAGCACUCGACACUCUUGUCGAGCAGGCUGUUGAUAUCUAUUUGGAAUCAGGUUAAACAUUUUUUUUUUGUACAUGACAUCAAUGCCGUCGAUCUUUGUUUCUUUAUUUUUCAUCUUUUUACCCCAAAAAAUAAAUAAUGCCCUAUUAGGAUAAAUUUAAAUCAAUUCUUCAUUCGUCUUUGAUAAAGUCAAUGAAGUUAUUUAUUAAAUUAUUUUUUAUUAUACCCCCCCCCCCCAAAAAAAAAAAAAAAAAAAAAAAAAAAAAAUAAAAAAAAAAAAAAAAAAAAAAAGGAUUUCUUAUAAUCAAUAAUUAAAACACUUUUUUUUAAAAAUUGUACGUUCUUUUAGACAGCUUAGUUUGGCGACCUGUACAGAGUGUCAACUAAAAUAGACUGGUUAAAAUGUUAGUUAAACUCGGACGAAAUCUAUAUUGUUUUGUUUUUUUUUUUUUUUUUUUUUUUUUUUUUUUUUUUUUUUUUUUUUUUUUUGCAGCCGCAAUUUCAAAUGAAUAAAUUUACCAAAUUCUUCUAAUUGGUCUAUCAGGUUGAAUUAUUUGUAAAUAAUAGAAUUAAAUGGGUGCUGGGUGGCCGAGUGGUCUAAACUGAGCAAAUAUCAAGUUGGUGGUCUGGAGUUCAAUUCCAGCUAGAGCAAAAACACCACCAGCACCCCGGGUAGAUGGGACUCGUUAACCUUGGACGGCAACUCAUCUAAGAGAAGGAAACUCUGAACUCAAACCGGAGUCCCGAAAGGCGGAUAACAUUGAUACAAUGAAACAUUCCAACAACUCCUGCGACGUCACUGGUGCCAAGCUGUAUCAUCCAAUGAUGGGUUACCCAGCGGCGUGUAGAGAGGCGAUUUGCUGUUGGGAACCAGCUUAUAAUCCCUCAAGUAUAAUAAUCCCAGGCUAUGUGGAUUUCGUCCUACGAAGCCCACUCCAUCGUCACAUUUAAAAAAAAUUAUUACCUUUUAUAAUUAAUACGAUAUAAAUUAUAAUGAGCACGUUUAUAAAGGUGAAUAGUAUAAAUAGAAGAAGAAAAAUUUAAAAUUGUGUUUUUAAUUCUGUAAGGUUGACUUUUACACAGUUUAUUUUGAAACUGAUAAUUUCUGCACAGUUUGGUUAGCCUGCAACCAAAGUAUAUUUAUUGAUGCUUUUGACCGCGUUUGAAUUUUCAUUAAUUAGACAUAAUUGUAUAAGAAACUAUAACUUGCCACGCAGUUUUCUCUGUAAUUAUUACAAUUUUAUUGACCCCCAUCCCUUCCGCAACUCUGCUCAAUUGACAGGGGACACGUAGAACUAAAAAAAUAAAAUAUAAUUUAUUUCUCUUUAUUUUUUUAACAAUUAUCUUUUGAUAAAAAUAUAUUAAUUUUUUUCUUAACUACAGAACAUGGUGCAUCAAAAGAAGAAAGUGACAUUUCACCAGUGGAUUACAGCAUGACCUCAUCACAAAAUCUUCAGCCUAAGAGCUCUCUUGAACAUCCAGCAGGGCGUUCGGAAUCCACCAUUUCUACUAACAAAAUUAAAAUAAAUUCAGACGUACAAGCAAACAUGGCAUCCACAACUAACCCUUCCCUCAAC